UUUGUGGUUUGUAACUCCGGUUAAGUCCUGGAAUAGUUUUCUUUCACCGUUUCGACCUAAAAUUUGAAAUCAAACUUUGUCGGUAGUAAUAUCAGCGCACGAAGGGGAUUUAGAAAAAGAAAAAAACAAUUUCGUCGACCGAAGCUAACUGCUGAGCGCGAGCCAUCUUCCCACCUGAGCUGGAGAUGGGGGAUCCAGAGCCUCCAGAGUUUGGGUCCCUGCAGGAGGAGCUGGAGUACUGGAAGGAUCUGGCUUCCAGGCACCAACAGAGUGCAGAGGAAGCUCAGGAGGAGCUGCAGGAGUUUCAGCAGAUGAGUCGGGACUACGAGGUGGAGCUGGAGACGGAGCUAAAACAGUGUGAGGCGCGAAACCGCGAGCUUCUUGCUGCCAACAACCGCCUUCGCAUGGAACUGGAAAACUACAAGGAGAAGUAUGAGACGCAGCACUCUGAGGCCUGCCGGCAGAUCUCCAGCCUGGAGGGGGACCUGGCUGAGACCACGGCCAUCAGAGACCAUCUUCACAAAUACAUCAGAGAGCUGGAGCAGGCCAAUGACGACCUGGAGAGAGCUAAGAGGGCGACCAUCAUGUCACUGGAGGACUUUGAGCAGAGGAUGAACCAGGUUAUAGAGAGAAAUGCUUUUCUGGAGAGCGAGCUGGACGAGAAGGAGAAUCUCUUAGAGUCCGUCCAGAGACUGAAGGACGAAGCCAGAGACUUGAGGCAGGAACUGGCAGUGCAGCAGAAACAGCAGGUACUGGACAGGAAGCCGUCUCUCAGCAGUGCAGUCAAAGAGCCUUCAUCACCUUCCUCCUCCUCCUCCUCGACCGGGCUGCCCACCCCACCUCUCACCCCUCCAGACAGAAGGACGGAGGACAAAACCACAUCUUCGUCCUCUAACCAGCCUGUCCCCUCCACCACCACACCGCCCAGACCUCCAGCCCCAGCGGAGUCCUUCGCCACCCCGCCACCCUCCGUCAGCAGAGGUGAAAGCCUUUCAGGGACUCCUCUCACCACCUCGGCGAGAAUCUCAGCUCUGAACAUCGUUGGAGAACUGCUGAGGAAAGUCGGGAACCUAGAGUCCAAGCUGGCAUCGUGUCGGGAGUAUGUCCAUGAGCAGACAGCUAAUCGCAGAGGUCACGCCGGUGGACAGGGGGCGCCGGGGGGCCAGAGCAACUCCUCAGAGACCCAUCCUACCAACGGCCUCUACAACAAGGGGCUGGUGAAGAGGUUAGACUUCGGAGCGGGGCACAAGCUGCUGCUGUGAAGGUGGAAACGUCCUCCACCUCGAUCGUCUGAGCUGCUCGGCUCUUCCUGUCCGUCCAGCCUGGACCUCUCAAACAUUUAACGGUACCGUGUCGCACAUCACACAGGUGGUUUCAGACAGUCUGGCUCCUCGGGACGCGGACCGCUCUCACAGGAAGCUGCAGUGAUGAAAUGGACGGAUGUGUUACUGUGGAUUCUCUGGGAUGUCUGUUACCAGCUCAGAUCUUUUCAGCACUCGCACUUAGCUUGAACUAACUUACUGGACCGUUGCUGCACGUCACCUCCUCACCUCCUUCGUUCGGAUUUGUCAAGUAUUUUGCGCUUUUCGUGUCCCUCUGCAGGUGUGUUCAGACUGAAUGGAGACAGUAUUACACACAGAGUCCGUGAACAGACACUGACCGAUGUGGGUUUCGCUCUGAGUGGUGAGAACCGAGUCGAUCAUGAAUCCACUCGAGCUGAAAAUGUUUAACUAACAAAAAGUUGAACCUCAGUGUUUCCUGCUGUGCAGUGAAGUGGAGGAUGAGAGAAGUGUAGUAAAAUCUGUGGCUGUCGAUCCAAAUGAUGGUCUGAGCUGAAGCGUGUUCAGUCUGAACACACCUGAUGGGGCGUUGGAGUCGUAAAUACUGGGAGGGCACUUUGAUCUGGAUGAGAGGAGAAGGUGUUUGUCUUUUAAAUACUACUUGUUUGAUCUCUAACCGAUGGCCAGUGUGCCUCCAGUUACAUCUCUGUCAAAUAAUGGAUUUGGGAAAAAAAAGCGAGAUCUCUUACUGAUGAAGCUCCAACAAAGUGAACGUCCCCUAUCAAACAAAUGUUGUAGUUCAGAAAAAGAUUUUAAUUCAGAUGUUUUAUAGAUUUUUACAGAUAGACUAGUUUCCUAACCACCUCCCUGCUCUGAGGGAAAAUGCCUGUGAGUAAACGUGAACCGUGGCUGAGCGCGAUGGGCCGAGGCCCGUGUCAAACAGGUGAACGUGCUUUCAAACCGACUGUACCUCUCUGUGAGCCUUGAUGUUUUAAUGAAACACUGUCUUUUUUAUCUCUGUGGCAGAUGUUAGGAAAACGUGAUCAGCAUCAUCAUCAUCAUCUUUGAAGCUCUGUGGAGCCUUUCAGCCUCGUUUAGCCUCUUGUUUUGGUUUUCUGGUACUCCGACAGGUAAUUUAGUGUUUUUUAAAGCGACUGACUGCUUUCUGUCUGUGUGGGCCUGAGCUCAGUGCCACAGGAAGUAUCCUGUGUGUUGUCAGUCUGUAAAUGUGCCUGAUGGAAACAGAAUAGGAAACUGCCUGCAGUCAUCCGUGUGAUGUUCAGUCCGUCCAGUCCUUUUAAAUUAUGGUGGAAGAUGAACAUGUUAGAUUUAAAGCGCUGCUGGUAUCUCCUAACACUUUGUACCGUUACUGCACCGUUAGCGUAGCAGCGAGCAGAGGAGGCACCUGUACACUGUGGAGACGCCCUCUGCAGAGCUCGACUUCUGUCUUUGCAGGAGUGAAACCGCUGAACUCCUUCUGUUUAUGAGGAGAUAUGAAUACUUCAGUGAAGGCGACUUGUGUUUUAUGUUAAAAAGAGAAAAGUACGUAAUAGAUUAACUUGUAGUGUUAUAACUGUACCUCUGCUGUAGGGUUACUAACAUAGGAUGAAUAUACAGUAUGUGGGCUGUGGUUCAGUGGCUGGGGUUUGUAGACAGGAUUGACGGACAGGUAUCUGCUCAGGGCAGGUGUGAAACAGCAGCAGCAGACUGGGUCAGUGUCUGAAAACAGGUGGACACUGAGGCCUGGUGGGCUUUUGCCUUGUGACUCUCAAAGUACUUACAUGCUCAUUAAUGAAGUGCUCAGACUGUUGUGUUCCUCGUUGUUUUUACCUUCGUUGCUGCUUAUGAUGCUUCUCAAAAAGCAAUAAAAACUUGAAAUGGGGAAAAAAAAGUCACUGAUUUUAUUUGUUGUAGAAAUCUGAAGAACUGAGACGACACGCGGACGAGUUCAGUA